GUAGUACAAUUUGCAACAGUGAAGAAAUCUUAUACAAAAUUGUGGAACUUAUUCUUUCAUAAUAGCUUUACUUUUUCAAAAGUAAAGAUAGUGUUUGAACGUUUGUAAAAAGAAUAUUUAAGUCAUGAAUAUUGCCGUGUUUACAACCACGGUGCCGACUAUUUGUUUAUGGCUUAAUAAAUAUGGCUUAUCUCAAUGCCGGCUGCAAUGUAAAUACGAAUAAUUCUUCGGACACAAUUGAUGAUACUGAUGUUGCAGAUGAAUUGUCCAUAGUACCCUUUGAUAAAGAUACUUUUGCAAUAUGUGAGUUAUGUGGAAAAGUGGGUCGUCGUGGUCAUUUUUAUCACCGCAAUAAUCGUUUUUGCUCCCUGAGAUGCCACACACGUAAGCAGAGAAGGCGAGAUUGUAACUGGAAAUUUGAGCUGAUGGAAGGAGCUGAUCACAUGGCAGGCUUAAUUCCAUUAGAACCGCUUCCACAACUGCAACACUGGCAGACUGCAUUUAGUGAUUUACAGGCAGGACCAAUAAAGCAGUCUGCAGCAUUGAUAGCAAAUACCUAUGAAUGGAAAGAUGAGUUAUUUGGUUGUGAUUUCCUUGCAGCGCCUGUGAGUCUAUUUAAACAUGCCCCCUUACAUGAAAUGUGGGAUAAUACCUUUGAAGGCAUGAAGGUUGAAGUUAAAAAUACUGACUGUGAUAAUUAUUCUGAGAAAAAUAAUGACUUUUUCUGGGUAGCUUCUGUUUUAAAGGUUAAAGGUUAUAUGGGGCUUCUAAGGUACGAAGGAUUUGGUAGUGAUGACUCAAAAGACUUCUGGGUGAAUUUGUGUUGUUCUGAAGUACAUCCCGUAGGAUGGUGUGCGACAAGAGGCAAGCCACUUAUACCACCAAGGAGUAUAGAAGAUAAAUAUACGGACUGGAAAAAGUUUCUAGUUAAACAGUUGACAGGUGCUCGUACUUUACCUGCUAAUUUCUACAGUAAAUUAAAUGAUAGCCUUGUAUCAAGGUUUUCUGUUGGUUCUAUUAUGGAAGUGGUAGACAAAAAUAGAAUUUCUCAAGUUAAGGUGGCUAGUGUUUCUGAAAUAGUGGGUAAAAGGUUACAUGUAAAGUAUUAUGACAGUUCUCCGGAGGAUAAUGGCUUUUGGUGUCAUGAGGACUCGCCAUUGAUUCAUCCGGUGGGUUGGGCAUUUCAAGUAGGUCACCCUCUUGAUGCGCCGCAGGGAUACUGUCAGAGGGUAGCGAGCGGUAGACUAUUGCCUAACGAUACCACACCGGACAUGUUCUACAAGUACCCAACCAAUGAACCACCUUUGUUCUCCGAAGGGAUGAAGUUAGAAGCAAUAGAUCCGUUAAAUUUAUCCGCCAUAUGUGCCGCCACAGUUAUGCAGAUAUUAAAUGAAGGGUACAUGAUGAUAAGGAUUGACUACUACCCCGCGGAUGCUUCUGGGGCCGACUGGUUUUGCUAUCAUCAAAGAUCACCCUGUAUAUUCCCAGUUGGGUUUGCGAUGGCGAACAACAUACCUCUUGUGCCACCGGCAGGUUUCAGUAUAGAGGAGUUCAGUUGGGAGUCGUACCUGCGCGAGGGUGGCGCGGUGCCGGCGGGGCGGGCGGCGUUCGCGGCGCGCGGUCACGUGGUGUCGCACGGCUUCGUGGCCGGAAUGCGCCUCGAGUGCGCUGAUCUCAUGGACCCGCGUCUCGUCUGUGUCGCCACCGUCGCGAGGGUCGUCGCUGAUUUGCUCAAGGUACAUUUCGACGGUUGGGGGUCCGAGUACGACCAGUGGCUGUGGGCGCACAGCACCGACGUGUACCCGGUGGGAUGGUGCCGCGCUGUGGGACACCGGCUGGAGGGGCCGCUGCAGGCCACUCGCCGCCCCGCGCCCCGCCCCGUGCGGCCCCCGAGGCAGCCCCGUACCUACAGGCUGAACAGGCGACGACGGAAGCAAGUAACAAAAGGUACCCCACACCCUCCAAAUACGACGGAGGAAAGUUCCCAAAAUUCGGACAUGGGUGAAACAAAGGGCGUUUCGCCGCCGACCAGUGCCUCCGAAGUGUCCGCGGAUACGGAGCCCCGACAAGAAGGCAGUGCGCCUGGCGCUGAAGUAGUCUGUAAGAUGGAAGAUGAUGCUGAAGAGUUGAAGGAUGUCCAAGAGGAGCAUAGCGAUAAACAAAGUGAAGCGACCAUGGAUAUAGUGUGUACACCAACAGAAGUAUCUCAGGAUUCGAGUCAGAACACGCAGUCGGACGAAACACCAACAGAUGAGGCAGAAGAAAAAGUGAUACCAAGACUAGUCAACAACACAAUGUCAUUAGAUGUUCUCAAUUCAAUAGAGCCGGAAAACUGGACACAGGCGGAUGUGGCAAAGUUCCUUACAGUUAACGAUUGCCACACAUACUGUGUUAACUUUGCCCAUAUCGACGGAUCAAUGAUGCUGCAGCUGUCUAAAGAUGAAAUCAUCGAACUUCUGGAGAUGAAGGUUGGUCCUUCGUUGAAAAUAUUUGACUUAAUACAACAGUUGAAGUGCAAAAUUAAACAACCUCAGUCACGAAUGUCUAAUUUUAAAUAGUUUAAAUUGCAUAUCAAGUGAAAAUAAAGUGAAAAUACAAAAGGAUUGUUUAGCAUCAAAGAGUUUUGUUCUUAGUCCAUUGUUGUUUUAACAACAUCCUAAUGUAACAGACUGAUAUGAUGUAGUUUUUGUCACUUUGCUGUGUGUAAGGAAUUCACAAUCAUAUCCUAUACUAUAUUUAUAAAGAAAGUGUGCAAGCUAUAAAUAAACAAAUGUGGCUCUUAUUUUAAUGACUUAA